AUGCAACCCUGCGAGCCUAAUUGUGUCGCUCGCCACUGUCCCCCGCAGUGCAACCUUUUGUCAGGUCGUGAGGCUUCUGCCGCGGCACCAGCCGGCAGCCCCUCUGGUCUUUGUCUGCACAUGUCUGAGGGGAACGACUAUUGUCUGCUUGUCUUUGCCAAAUGUGUACAUGUGUGUCGUGGUGUCGCACACUGUCUGUCCACAUUGUCUCCCACGUCGUCAUGUGCCGACAUGUUCUGUUCCGUGUUGGUCGGAGAGCCUUUGUAA